AUGAAUACAAACAACAAAGAAGCCCCGGAUCCCUGCACGGGUAAAAAUGCCGCCGACGGACACGGCGUUAUAAAUAGUCAAGAUAGAUCUUCGGUAGCCGCUGGAUCGGUCCCGAAGAAGCCUUCACGGCCAUUUAAACUAGCGAUUGAGCCCAGUGUUGGUAGCUGCAAACCCUCGGAGGGUAGCGAGCGACUGGCGACUGGGAUGUUAACGAAGCCUACACGGCCGAUGGAUCUCUUGUGCCAGGCGUCCUCAUCAAGAGCGGCAAUGAGCACACCCCUUGAGGGCAGCUCUAAAUCAGCUCCGGUUGGGGGCGUUACUGGCACCCGGGAGCCCUGCACGGGCAAUAGGAAUGCCAACCACAAACCCCCUGUGGGGUCGCAGUUGGCGAAGCAUCACGCUCGUCCCAGUGGUCCAGGGACGAUUAAACGGGCUUGUCUCAGACUUAGCUUCAUACCCAAGGGAUGGACACUGGCGAAGGUUGUGUUCAUUCCCAAGGGCGGCAGACCAUCCCAUGUGAAGCCAAGCGACUUUCGACCGAUUAGCCUUACAUCUUUCUUCCUGAAGGUUCUGGAAAGACUACUGGAAGUGAAGAUCCGAACAGAAAUUGAUUUAAGUAAAUUAUCUAGCUGUCAGCAUGCCUAUUGGAAAGGCAGGUCUGUAGACACAGCUUUGCAUGGUAUUGUCAGCACCAUUGAAAAGGCAUUAGCGCUUAAGGAAUAUGCAUUAGGCGUAUUCCUUGACAUCGAGGGUGCCUUCAAUAAUGUUCUCCCAGAAGCUGUUCUCCGCGCCCUAACUAACCUCGGUCUGGAGUACCCUCUGGUAGAAUUUGUUCAUCGCCUUCUAGGCUGCAGAACUAUAUACUCGGAGAUGGGAGAGGUAUCGGUAACAAGUAAACCAAUCAGCAUUAAUUCAUUUAGAAAAUCAGCCACACGCAGCGCGCGUCAUCUGCAGAAUGUUCCAUCCAGUAUUACUCAGAGUUUAGAGUGCAUCAAUUUGGUUAAGAGCAGAAUGCGCACAUCGAACACCCGUGAACGCCGGCAUGAGUAUAUGGCACAUCGGCUGCGCGUGCAAAAUGCCAAGAGUGUGGUGAACAGCCAACCACCAAGCCGUGUUGUGAAUCAGCCACGACGCGAAAUGAGUUUUACCGAGAUGAUGAACUCAGUGCGCACAGCCAUUCAAUGCAGCAGCAACAAGCGCACCUUCACCAAUGCGCCGGCCUCGACGACACCAUCGGCCACGGGCACCAUCUGGACUGUGGCCACAACUGCCUCCAACACAUCACCACGACGGCAAGCCAAAUCGCACAUCAAGUCAACGAAUAGCAAUGCGCUGACCAACGUAAGCCACGACAAAUCGGCGAUGCUGCUCUACGACUACAACUCGUGUGGAUUGAUUGGUUGCUGUGGCACGUGUGGUGGCGCUGGCGAUCGACGGCACUGCAUGGUCACCUGCGCGCAUAUGCACGAAAAGUUAAAACGCAAGCUGAGCGCCAAUAAGGGUGACGGCGAUAAAUGCCGAGUUUCGUGUAGCAGCAUGCCAACAUUUCACGCCAAUGUGGGCUUUAAUAGCAAUAUCGGAUUUGCUCCUUCCAUCAACACAAACAAUGUUGAGCCCGCGCCGCGAAAUAGUUCAGAAAAUAACAAAAAAGUCGCGCCGCAGCCAAAUACUGCUGAGCAACGCGCUGCCUAUCAGCAUGCACGUCUCUCAAUGCCCUUGCGCUCAUUCUGGCACCGCAUCAAACGCAAAGAGUGGAAUGAUGACACGCGUAUAUCUACGCCAAAACCCAAGCGCUGCUCUUCGGAAACAUCAAAGAACCAAAGCAAGCGCAGUGCGCGGCAUUUGGGUUUGCCUGAAGAACCGCAAGAUAACGGCAGCAGUCCAGCAUAUAAACGUGCUUCCAGCGCCAUGCAAGACGAUGGCUCACGUAGAGGUAUCCCACCGCAUGUGCUGAAGCAUUAUCAGGCUAUUACUGUCAGCACCGACGAGUCAAUGCUGCGUCGUCUACUGCGCCCGCGCGUCUUUUUCGAUCUGGAGGUGAAAGGCAUAAGGCCGCUCGGUCGAAUCGUUAUACAGCUCUUUACGGAGGCCUGCCCCGAGGUGGUGCUGGAAUUCGUGCGCAUGUGCACUAUGGAGGGUGGUGAGCGCAUGCGCUUUACGCGUCUAUUUCCAAUGCUGUGGCUGGAGGGUGAACUGGCGCUGACCGACAAAAAGACGCUAACGGCGCACAACAUCGAGCAUGACAUGAAUGUGCUGGAUCAUGGCAGUGGAGCGGGUGUGCUUUCGUUUCCCAGCCGAUAUGAACUCAUUCAGUCGGAUAGUGCUUUCAUAGCUACAGCUACAUGUUACGCUACCUACGCUCACCUACCUUACUAA